AUGAACAUCAAUAGACCGUCGUCAGCUACGGCUUCAGUCAGCAUCUCCACCACUCUACGUCCUCGUACCCGUCGGCAAGCGCAUGAAGACAAUGAGACACCUCCCCUUCCAGCAACAACUUCUAGAUGGCUUGACGGCCCCGCUACCUCGUCCUUCUCCUCGAGAGCGGAAUCCCCAAUAGAUCCCUCCCAGCCAGCACAAGCAGACAGAGACGCCCAGAGAUCUCGCAGUACCAGCCGCUUCCUUGGAACACCCGGCAUUCUAGGAUCUCAGUCGAACCCAUCGACUUUCGCUACAGGUCUCUGGGAAAGCUCAUGGUCCUCUCUACAAGGGUUUGCGUCCAAUCUCAUAGGCCGUGAUAGCUUUAGAGCGUCAAGUCCAGGCCGCUCGCCACAGCGUAGGCGACGUCCGAUAGAAGCCACCCACGGCCGCAAUACCAGUGCCCCACCUGCUCAAUGGGGGCCAUCUGGUGGAGAAAGACAGGUUGGUCUAGGAACUCGAGAGAAGCGAAGGGUGCUUGUGCAAGCAAGGAAACGUGAGACGUUGUUGGUGGCCAAUGGCCAUAUUACACCAGAUGUCUCGGGUCGUUAUAAGAGAAGGGACUCGGAUGAGAGGAAUCACACUUCAGCGCCUCCGGGAGAGCAGGAUGGUAGGGAUGCCUUGGUCUAUCUACACAAAGUGAAGCCAGAAGACACGCUUGCGGGAGUCAUGAUUAAAUAUAGUUGCCAGCCAAACAUCUUCCGGAAGGCAAACCGACUGUGGCCCAACGACAGUAUCCAGGUCCGGAAGACGGUCGUUCUACCCGUCGAUGCCUGUGGGGUAAAGGGACGAAAAUUACCAGAGCUUGGUCAAUCUUCGGAACGUCUAGGAGACGGCUACACUGAAGAGACAAUGCCUACGCCCACGGCGUUUCAAUCCCCUUGGGGCGAUCUACACGAUAGCCCGAAGGAAAAGGAGACACCUCUAUCCAGCAUCCCCACGUCUCCCUCAAUCUCAAUCUCGCUCUCGAACCCUGAAGAAGCCCCCUGGAAGCAUGACUCAUGGGUCAUGAUUGAUGGCUUCCCGGACGCCGUCGAAAUUGCUCGCUUGUCACAUAAAACACUUGGAUACUUUCCCCGCAGCAGGCGGAAAUCCAUGACAUUCUCAGACGUGGAAACGCCACCGGCAUCACUUGAUCUGCCUCGAGGAAGCUAUCAAUCUGGUCCACCACGAGGGCAGAACUCCAAGUCGAGAUCAUCCUCCGGCUCCUACUUAAAUCAUCAACUACAAGGUCCUGGUGGGGUUGGCACGAUGGGUAGGGACGUGCGCAGCCCGGGCCCAGCGCAGGAUGGACUCAACAAGUUGUUUGCUGCGCAUUUGCCCAACCUGGCUCCUCGUAAAUCUUUUGAGUCUGUCAACUCGGAUUCUUCACGCGGUAAUGGUGGCAUUGAGAACGUGGGCGGGGCCAUUGAAGGCUGGAUGCGUAAGCUCGCGACCAAAGCAGCCAAUUCCGUUCAGCCGCCGACUCCUGGGGGAAGAUCUGGUGUAGGUGAUCUGAUUGAAUUAAGUGAAGAUGCGUUCGAGGUUGGAGAUGACAACCACGCCGAGGACGAGGAUAGGCGAAGUACAAUCAGGAAUGCCAACGCUGGGUCAGGGGUUGGGGCAUGGUCUGCGGAGCAAGAGCUCAUGCUGCGAGAACACUUUCCGCCAAGGGGAAGGGGUUUUGGGGAGUCUCCGCGGAGCGGUAAGAGUGAUUGA